AUGGCUCCUGGGCAUUCUCCUUCUUGGGGGAGCAGGACCCGGCAACCUGGCCUUUGCCUGAGCCGGACAUUUGGGAGCUCGUGGACGUCCCGGACGCCUUUGAUCUGCGGCCGGAUGAGCCGAACUGCAAAUGUUGGCCCGAGCCGGAUCGGUGCGGACAGUGCUGCGACCGAACCUUUGGCCAUCGAGGGGACCCCGAGUGCUGGGGCGACCGGAGACAUCUCGAUGGCGUCUGGAACUACGAGCAGGGUCCGCACUGGGAGGGAUUCGAGGCCUGCUGCCGGCCCCAUCCUUUGCGGCUGCGUCGGGGCACUGCCGUGUACCGAACAGACGUUGAGGCAACGCCGGGCACAGCCGCCCUCCUGCAAUUCGCUGCUUGCACAAACCGCUGCCUCGUCCGUGUGGACGGCGCCUUGUGAUCCUAUUACGAUUGGUGCAGCCCUUUUGUGGCUUGCUCAAGGGUGUCCGUACAACAUGGUUGGCUUCGGCGAUUCGGGGCAGGACCUAGUGCUCUGGAUUUUUUUUUGCGAUGAGGAAUGA